GUGGAGCAUCCUGUCAAUCAGUAGCCUCUCCUCACUAUAAAAGGAGGGACCCCUGACCAUUAGGUCCAGUCGUGACCGACUCUGGGGUUGCGCCCGCGGCGCUCAUCUCGCAUUAUUCUUCUCACUACAGAGAAGGAUAUAAACAAGAGGGGGCAGUGGCUGCAGAUACACAAGAAAAGGAGUGGGAAACCACACCUUCUGUUUUAUUUAUAGGCUGCAAACAGUCUGAGCUAGCAAGGCAAACAUACUUGGUACACUCUGACCAUUAAAACAUUGGUCUUUAGGAAGCCAACAUGAUUGAUCCAGUAACUGCAGUUUUGGGGGGUGUGGCCACCUUUGCAGUGACCACGAUUGGAGUCCCUGUUGCAUUGGGAGCAGCAGGCUUCACUGGAGCUGGGAUUGUAGCUGGCACUGUGGCUGCAAAAAUGAUGUCAGCAGCGGCCAUCGCCAGUGGUGGAGGAGUAGCAGCUGGGAGCAUUGUUGCCGCGCUUCAGUCAGUCGGUGCUGCUGGACUGUCUGCUUCUACCACAGCUGCAGUGACAGCUGGUGGAGCACUGCUGUCUGCCAUCGUCCUUUAAGAAGAAAACACACAUACACAGAGGCAAUAUCUACUUGGAAAAGCAGUACUUGGAAGAUUAUGCUUUGCCGUCAACAGCAUAACUCACUUGACUUACCUUAAGCAAAAUGUGAUUUUAAUCAAUGCUACAUUAUUCCUACUUGCCAAAAUGUGCAACAACCAAUAAAGCUUUGAGAAUUAAACAACAAGAA